AAUUACAACAGGAUGUCGUUACCAUUCCUACCCGGGAAUUCGUUUAGUGGUAAUCUUGGAAAAACAAAAUAUCAUAAAUCCCACCACUUUGGAUACAAAAAUGAAGUGUCUAUGCUGGUUGGAGAAGAUAAACCAGGUAUUGGAGGAGAGCCACUGAGGGGGCAGAAACUGAAGCCAAAGAACACAGUGUACCCUGGUGGUGAAGGUAGCAAUGUACCAGCAUGGGUUGCCUUCGACAGGCAGGUCCUAUGCUUUGAUGCUUACUUCCAGGAAGCUGUACAUGAGAAGAGAGAAGAACAGUAUAGAGUAAGGAAUUGCAAAGUUUAUUUCUAUCUUGAAGAUGAUUCCAUCCAAGUGAUUGAACCAAGAGCAAAGAACAGUGGUGUUCCACAAGGGACUUUGAUCAGACGACACAGAAUUCCAAAACCAGCACCAAAUGAUGAUGAAUGCUACACAGUAGAAGAUUUCAACCUUGGAAAGGAAAUCAGUCUAUACUCUAAAGUUUUCAAACUAACAAACUGUGACGAUUUUACACAAAAUUUCCUGAGAAAACUUGGUGUUAGAGUACAGCGACCAGAUUCUUCUCCCAAUGAUCCGUACACCAAAUACAGAAAAGCUAUGGAUGAAAGUAUGCAGCCUCUGAGACCAUACGAGAAGCAUGACACACUCAAACAGUUCCUUGAUCAUGAUCGUCAUGUUCUGCGUUUCUUCUGCUACUGGGAUGACACUGACAACAUGUUCGGUGACCCAAGGGAGCUGGUCCUCCACUACUUCCUCGCUGAUGACACAAUUGAGAUCCGUGAGGUCAUUCCUCCAAACUCUGGACGGGAUGCUGUUCCCAUGUUCCUUCGUAGGGGCAAGCUUCCAAAGAACAUUGAAUCUCUGAGACAGCCUGGUGAAAUCACUGAUCGCACUGUUCUUAAUGUGUUUGGACCUACUGGUCAUGGCGGCAGAUAUAUCUUAGACAGUUUGAAGACGGGUGCUGUACACACCCACUUCUACAAUGAUAAGGAUCUGACAGUUGGGUCAGUGCUGAACGUCUGGGGCAGGAAGAUCAUGUUAUGUGAUUGUGAUGAUUUUACUAAAGAGUAUUACAAAACCAAGUAUGGCAUCGAGGAUUUCACAAAUGUGCCAUACAAGAAGGACAACUACAUGAGGUUUGAGAAGGAGUUUCCACCCUACAAUGGCUGGGGCAGUGAAGAGGACUCUCUCUGCUCAUGUAUGGGUCUGCUUCCAAAACCACCGAAGCGUGACUUCAUCAAAUUCAUGGAGAAAGACCGUCGUGGUCUGGAUAGCAAUGUGCUACGUUUCCUGGCCAGGAUGAACACCACCAAGCCAAUUGACAUGGACCGUCGCUUUAUCAUCUCCUAUUUCCUGUCCGAUGACACCAUUCUUGUCUUUGAACCCCCUGUUAGGAAUUCAGGUAUCAUUGGAGGGAAAUUCCUUGAAAGAUCCCGCGUAAAGAAACCAAAUCAGCCACUGUACAGCACCAAGAUGUCUGAAUACUAUCUAUCUCAGGAUCUGUUUGUCGGUGCCUGUGUCACCUUCAACAGUCACAAGUUUGUACUCAUUGACGCAGAUGAGUAUGCAUUCCACUACAUGGAGGCCCAUUCCGCAGAGUUCAGCAAAUCAAGCAUUGAAAACAUUGUCACCAGACUGGGCAAUAUUUUAGGGAAGACCCCUGACGAGGUUAGGUCAUUCUUUGCCAAGAAUGACCCCAGUGGCGGCGGAAUCAUUUCCUAUGACCAGCUGGUGGCAUUGUUACGCCAAGUUGAUCCACAAAUGACUGACCAAGAGGUCAUGACCUUGGCCCGGUUCUAUGCAGAAAAAACAGCUGAAGACACAGUUGAUGCACGCAACCUGGUGGCUAUAACACAAGAACAGUUGAGGAAGAGAAACUAUGAGGGAUUUGCCAAACUUGUGGAGGACUGCAUGCAAAAUGACAAGGACAAGACUGGGUUCCUAGAUGUGGACACAGUACGGACAGUAUUCCAUGCACACCAUGUACCACUGCCAGAUGAUAUCAUUCGUGCCGCACUCGCCAUUGCCCCAGUGAAUGAGAAGGGAGAAGUACAGUACACAGAGCUAGUAAACAGUAUGAACUGGAGGGAUGCUCCAGUUCCUCCCAUGCAGCACAAACCAGUACCUGAUGAUUCAAACUGGAGUGGCACCAAACAGGACAAAAAUGCAGUGUCUAACAUCAACUACCUGCGAUUGUUAGAUGAUAUCUUUGGGAAAAGGCCAAGCAGUUAAAUGGAUAUGUGACAUUUAGGAUCUUAAAAAGACUUCAAAGAACUACCUUUUCACAUUGAAAUGAAAUGUUACAGAAGCUGUGAUAUCUGUUAUUGUUUUUAAAGAUUGUGCCAGCAGACAACACAUAAAAGUGUUUGUUCUGAUUGUGAAGAGACAAAAACAUGGAUUUGAAGAAACUCGUCAAGUUCAAAUAUAAGAAAUGAAUAUUUUUCAAAACCAACAAUAUCACAUUAUGCAAUCAGAUAGGGAAGAAAAGAUGUUUUUUUUCAGAUGAAUCCUUUAAGUUAUUCAAAGUACAUUUUCUUUAAUAGUGAAUUUCAAAAGUUCACUGACGAAGUAAUUUUUCAUGUAAAGAUGCAGUGUCAUUAUUGUGAACAAUGAUUGUUCAACAAGUAAAAGUAGUUGUAUAACUACCUACAUGGUAUUUAUUAUAGUACAAAACUGUUAUUAUUAUAAAAGCAAACUUGUGAUAUACUGCCAGUGAAGAUGCAGUAUUGGGGUUUUUUUUUGUCACAGUGCUUAAAUCCUUUAUCUGAAGACAAUGAUAUAUUAUUUUCUACGGAUUUACAAACUUUUAUAUCUACAUUGGCACAUUUCACUAUUUAAUUUGUUUUAAAAAU